GUGUCACCUAGAAGACUCUAUCCUAGAGGAAAAUACCCACCUCUAUAAAUUUCCUGAUCCUGAUUAGCAGCCAAUUAUAAAUUCAUGGAUUUAAGAGAGAAAAUUACAAACUUAAAACUUUAUUUUUCUUUGAUAGUGGAAACUUUUAAUGUCUGUCUCUAAGUCCUGGCACAAAGUUAGGUCUAAAAUAAGGAGAGUUUCACUCUUUGCACAAUAAGUUUGAUUAACUAUUAAUAUUGUAAGCAUUAAAUGCUUGAACCACCCAGUGAGAGUUUGAAUACAGUCACCAGAUUCAUGGUAUUGCACACCACUAGUGUUCAUAAAAAUUAUUUAAACAUUUCUCUCCAUCUUUUAUUUAUGAUUUAAGCAGAAAUUGGUGCAAGUUCUUUUAAAAACUUAUCUAAAACUUUUGAUUUCUCCUGCAUGUAUUUAGUGCAGUUUGCUUUGUAAAUCCAGUGCAGCUAAACUACAGAAAAAGAAUCAGUUUACUUUGGAAAACUGGAUUAAAAAUGCCUUAUUUUGCAGAUUUGCUUUAAUUAAGUUUGUUUUGGUUGGUAACUGGAGUAGGAGGACAUGUAUUAGAUUUAGAAAAAUACUUGCUCCAUUGCUGAUAUGGAGUUUUUUUAGAGCUUAAAAAUAUUUAUUAAAUCGUUCUUGGACAUCCUAAACAGCCUCCAGCAGACGAACCGAAGCAUACACACAUUUACAAGCAUUUUCCUCUUCUGGUCUGUUUACCACCAGCAGUGAUGUUGGUGAGGAUCGAUGCUGGAGGGGAGCGAGGCGCGAGCACGGAUCGGGAGCGCGCGCAUAGGAAGGACCGGGAGGAGGAAGCAGCAGCAGCAGCAGCAGCAGCUCAGUCGCCAGCGGAGACCAGGACGGCGGAUGAACGGACCAAAGCGAGCAUCGUUUUCCCACAGCGGCUUUCCUCCGAGCAGCGCCCUGCAGCCCGAAACCUGCCCGAAAAUGAUGCUGAAAGCGGCCCUCCUCUUCGGGGUGCUCGUCGGCGUCAGUCAAGCUUCACUGCAGGUUUCCAUAUCCUUACACAAGGUGGAGUUGAGUGUUGGAGAGUCCAAAUUCUUCAUCUGCACAGCUAUCGGUGAGCCUAAAAGGCUGGAAUGGUUCAACCCUCUGGGUGAGCGCAUCGUAAGCAGCAAACGAAUGAAUCUGCAGACGGAGGCGUCCCGAUCCCGACUCAUCAUCUACAACGCCAUCAUCGAGGACGCAGGGAUCUACCGCUGCCAGGCCACCGACGCCAGCGGCCACACGGAGGAGGCGUCGGUGGUGCUCGAAAUCUACCAGAGGCUGACGUUCCGGGAUGUAAAGUCGCCUCAGGAGUUCAGGCACGGCGAGACGGCAGAGGUGGUCUGUGAUGUCAUCAGUUCGCCGGUGCCGGUGGUGGUUUGGUACUACCAGGACAAAGAGAUCACCGAGGAGCACCACAGUGGAGGAGACGUCAGGAGGGCUGACCAGCCAAUCAGAAGCACCGUUGGCAUAAUGGCUAAUCCUGGUUCCCCAUCAAAUUUGGCUGUUCCUCCAUCGUUAUCGGUCUUCCAGCAGUCCUUCAACGCCACAGCCGACUACCAGGAAUCAGUCACCUUUACAUGCAUCACUUCUGGGUCUCCUGAUCCUCUGGUCACAUGGCACAGGAAGGGGCAGCAGCUGGAGCCUUCAGAGAAGUACAUUUUCAGCCAGCUGGAGGGCGGACGCAGCAUGCUGACCAUCCGAAACAUCCGGCAGGCCGACGGAGGAACCUUCUCCUGCAAGGCCUCCAACAAGGCCGGCUUCCAGGAGAGAGAUCUUCUGCUCAAAGUGUUCGUCCAGCCCCACAUCACCCAGCUGAAGAACGUGACAGCCGUGGAGGGCAGCGCCGCCAUGAUCUCCUGCGUGGCCGAGGGCGAGCCUCUGCCCGACAUCUCUUGGAGGAGAGCCAGCGACGGACAGACCUUCGUGGACGGAGACAAGAGUCGGGACGGGCGGUUCGAGGUCCGCGGCCGUCACGGUAAAUCCGUGCUGACCAUCAGCGGGGUGCGGCUCAGCGACCUCGGCCGCUUCGACUGCGAGGCUCAAAGCAGGAUAGGAGGCCAUCAGAAGAGCAUGUUUCUGGACAUUGAGUAUAUUCCUAAAUUCCUGACCAAUCACACCAUCUAUUACUCGUGGGAGGGGAACCCAGUGAACAUCAGCUGCGACGUGAUGUCCAACCCGCCGGCCACCAUGCUGUGGAGGAGGGAACGCUUCACCAUCUCAGAGGGAACGCCGCACAUGCAGAUCUACGGCACAGACGGGAAGUCGGUGCUGGAGGUGACUCCGAUGUCGGACCGAGACUUUGGCCGGUAUAACUGCACGGCCCGGAACAACAUCGGAGUCCGGUACCAGGAGUUCAUCCUGGCCCAGGCAGACGUCCCAUCCAAUCCGUACUCCGUCCGUCUGUCGGCCGUUUCCCAGCGGCUGGCGACCGUCACCUUCAUGAAGCCGGACUCUCACGGCGGCGUCCCCAUCAGCUUCUACCUGGUCCAGUACAAAGAGCUGGGCUCCUUAGACUGGAGGGAUGUGAAGUCGCACAGCGUGCAGACCACCGUAGUUCUGACCGGACUGGAGCCCAACACGACCUACGAGGUGCGAGUCGCCGCGGUGAACGGGAAAGGUCAGGGAGAGUUCAGCCACACGGAGACCUUCCAGACUUUACCCAUCCGAGAACCGAGUCCGCCGGCGGUCCACGGCCAGAGGGGCGUGGGGAAGGCCUACAGGCUGGGGCUGGUCAAGCAGGACGACGGCGGGAUGCCCAUCGUGGAAUAUAUCGUCAAAUACAAAACAGAUAAAGAGGAACAGUGGAUGACCAAGCUGGUUCCAGGAGCUAACGACUUUGCCAUGCUGCAGCCGCUGCAGUGGAACACCAGAUAUGAAGUGGAAAUCACAGCCCGCAACGUCAAGGGCCUAUCAGAGCCCACCUUCUAUCAGUUCUUCAUGCCGCAGAAGCCCGACAUUACAGCAGAAUCCCUGUUCAGCGGCCUGGGGCUCGGCGCGGUGGUGGGCCUCAGCCUCGGAGCGCUGCUGCUGCUCCUGGUGCUGGUGGACGUCAGCUGCUUCUUCCUGCGCCACUGCGGCCUCCUCAUGUGCAUCACUCGCACGCUCUGCAGCAAGAAGACGGCGACCAGCGGCAAGGGCAAAGAGAUGGAGGAGGGCAAGGCGGCCUACCUGAAGCUGCCGUUGAAGGAAGAAAAUGGCAAAGAGUCUCUCAAGCCGGAUACGAUUGAAAUCAAAGUGCACAGCGACAACAGCAUCCACAUAAAGCCGGACGACAGCAAGGCUUAAAAUAAAUAAAUAUAAAUAUAUUAUUAAGUAACGGUAAAGAAGAACGGGGUCGGCUCCCCUUGCCACCAAAACAACAUUCGGAUCACGAGACCAACGGCCAGGAAAAGUGAAACUAGUGGAGUAAAAUACUAUAUCUGUUUAUAUGAAUGCCCAAAUGAAAGGCAUGUGUAAAUAAAAUUAAAAGAGAGGAAACAGGAAGGAAACUUUUUGACACCCAGAAUGCAUUUUGUUCAGUAGGAGCCUCUUCAAUGAUUGUGUUUUAUUUUAUUUUCUCUCUUUCUCUCUCAGAAUUUCCUUUUCCUUGUUUUUUAUGGCGGUUUGGGAUGGUGAAAUGGCCGCCAUCUUUGUUUUCAAGUCUUGGUGUUUCCAUGCUUUGGAGACGUAGAAACAAAUCAAAUAAUGUUUCUAAACACUAAAAAAAAAAAAAAAAAAAAAAGUGUUUUUGAUCUGAAAGCGUGGAAACACUCAUUUGAUCCCAAAUCUUUUAUUUUGAAAAGAAAGAAACUCCUUUUCUGUUUCGGACUCUCUCUGAUGUCGUUGUGUGUUGUACAUAGGUGAAAAAAAACUGAUAUUUUACAGAGCUUUUAUGUAAAUAUAUUGAAAAAAGGAUGUCGUUUUUUCCACAGUGCAGAAGGCUUGGCUUUUGUUUUACCUUCUCUCCCCGUUGCGUUCAGGUUUUGGUGUAAUUUUGCUUUUUCCGCUCAUUUGCUUCCCCUUGAGGGAAACUCGAACCCGAGGCGAUUCCACGGCAGUAAUUACGGCAUUAAUGUGCCUUUUCUUUCCUUUAUUCGCUCCCUUUCGUGCGGUUCGCUCCAUGAAAUCAACUUCUGAUUUGCUGCUUUUUGCGCCGGAGAGAGUGGACUGUUGAUGGUGAUGCUGCGGGCUGCGGCGGCCGGCCGCUCUGGACUCACAGAUGGGGAACACGGUUCUGACAGAACAUAAGAAAAUGGAAAAAAUGUUUGUAUUUUAAGACUUUCUUUCCUAAAAGUUGAUCUUCUGUCUUUAUGUUUUUGAUAAUUUCCUGAUUCCUUCAGUCCCUCACUCCCUUUACUUCAUUCUCUCCUAACUUGUGUCCUUCCCUUACUUGUCGUUUUUUCCUCCCUCUGUCCUUUCUUUCUUUCUUGUAUCCUAACUCCUUCAAUUGUUUUCUUCCUCUCCCAUCCUUCCUUCUUUCCUUCCUUCAGUCUUUUUAUUUUUUCCCCUCCAUAUUUUAUUUAAUUUUUCCUAGCUCCCUUUUUCCUGUCCUUCCUAUCUUUCCUUAUUUCCUUGAGCUUCAUUCUUUGCUUCCUUUACUUCCCUCCCUUACUUGUUUCCUUUCUUUCCUUCCUGGACUGGGAAGUCAGGGAAAUUGAGUUUUUUUACUUGAUCAAAUGUAGGAACCUGGAAGUAAACAGAGAUCUGGUUCUGUUGGUGUGUAACGCAUCAUUAUCAUAUGUGUGUGUGUGUGUGUGUGUGUGUGUGUGUGUGUGUGUGCGUGCGUGCGUGCGUGCGUGUGUGUGUGUGUGUGUGUGUGUGUGUGUGCGUACAUGCGUGUGUGUGUGAACAUUCAGGUUGCAUGUAUGUCUGUUGAAUGUAUCUGCACGUACUGUACUGUAAGUCCACGACCGUCGGCUCAUCCAAAAUCGAUUCUGAGUUCAGAAGUCCGGCUCCGUUUGACCUCCAGGCGUUUUUCUGUUUCCGGGUCAUGAUGACCCGGAAACAGAUGGUGUAUAAUCCCCUCCCCACCUCUGAGCUUUUACCUCCAACCCCUGAGGCGCCGCAGAAAGAAAAUAAAACUGAAACGAGUACCUGCAUACGUGAAUGGGUUUUGGUUCUGCUGCCUGUCGAUGAUCACUGUAAAUACCGGAGCACAGUGCCUGGAGGCUAUACAGUUUGUACAUGUUCUUUUUGUAUUUGAAUAUGAGUCUGAAGCCACUCUCGUUUCCUCGAUCCUUUCGGUUCUGUCCGGGGUUAAAACAGACGUGUUUGAGCUCAGUGUACAUUAUGUGUCCUCUCUGUCCCCGUGUCCCCUGGACUGUCUCUGCUGAACUGUGCAGGAAGUGGGAACUAUCGAUGUUUCUCUGUAUGUACCUGUGCAACACUUGUGACUCGUAUCAUUUUGCCGCUGUAAAUAAACAUGUCCUGGUAGAAGAGA